AUGAAGUUGAAUAUUUAUGUGCUGUAUUUAUUGCUUAAUUGUAUUGGUAUCUACGGAUUUAUACCACAUCCAUUGAUUGCAUACGGUGCACUAUCUAGUACUAGUAUAACACAUGCAGAAAUUACUCAAAUUGCUAUCAUGCAAAGUCUUACUCGAUUCUUUUAUGAUACACGUAUUACUUUAAAUAAUAGUAAUAUAAGUUCAGUGAAUGAAGAAGAAUAUUUGACUGCAGAACAUACUAUUGAUGAUCUUUAUAAUUUAGCAUAUCCUGAAUAUAAUGAAUUACGAGUAGCAUUUUAUUCACUUCCAAUAAAAUUUGUUGUUGAUGAUAUAAUUACACAAAAUGUUCUGACAGAUUUUAAUGAUAAAACAAAAAAACUUGCAGCAGCACAUUUUGAUAAUGAAGCAUUUAUUAAUGCUAGUAAACGUAUUCUUCAAUUUAGACAAAUAAUCAUCAAUAAUAUGCAAUAUACUAAUCAAGAUUUAUCUUAUGAACGUGAAUUACUUGGACAAUUAAUUCAUACAUUACAAGAUUUUUAUUCACAUUCGAAUUGGAUUGAAAUGGGUAAAACUAAUAUCAAUGAGUUUAUUGGUGUCAAUGAAACUAUUGGAUUAAUUGCUCAACCAAAUCAGACAACAUGUACAAAUAACGGUUGUACAAAAAUAGAAACACCCUGUAAUCUUUGGCAAGAAAUUACUGUAGGUGUUUGUCCACUUGUGUAUUAUGAAUGUAAAAAUAAUAUUCUACCAGAAAUCAAUGAUCAACAAUUACUUACAAGUGGUUAUACUACAAAUGAUAUGAAUGAAAAUAAUGAAAUAAUUCAAAAACCAACAAAUGUUGAAAAAUGUUCUCAUGGUUCCGUACUUGAUGAUUCAUCACAUAUACCAGCUAUUGGUGGAAUCAAUAAAGAUUCAUAUAGUUUAGUCUAUUCACCUCAUGCUGAUCUUCAUAAAAAAGCAGCUGAUUUAGCUAUAAAAGCAACGGAGCGAUUUCUCAAUGAUUUACGACAAGAUCUAGGUGAUAAAAAUUUCGAUCGUCUUUUUGUCAUUAAUCCAACUGAAACACAAUGUCAAAUAGAAUGGGAUUCUAUGUCUAAAGGAAAACGAUUUCGAUUUUUUUCAUCUGAUCUUACAGCUUAUAUAAAAGAUGAUGGUCGUUGGUUACUAAAAUUAAAAAGAUUUUUCAGACGUUUAUUUAGAUUAAUCAAAUCGAUAUGGAUACGUAUGUUUACUAGCAAAGAAAAUAUUAAUCAACCAACGUAUGACCUGAGUGACAAAGGAGUAAAUGUAAAAGAUGUCAAUAAUUUUCGUGCUGCACCAUAUGUUAUUGGAAAAGAAGAGUUAAGACGUAAGAAACGUAUGAUAUAUCUUGCACGUAAACGUCGAUAUUUAUAA